ACCAUAACCCCAUCAAUUACCACAGAAACAACUACACCAACAUCUACCCCUACCAUAACCCCAUCAACUACCACAGAAACAACUACACCCCCAACAUCUACCCCUACCAUAACCCCAUCAAUUACCACAGAAACAACUACACCAACAUCUACCCCUACCAUAACCCCAUCAACUACCACAGAAACAACUACACCCCCAACAUCUACCCCUACCAUAACCCCAUCAAUUACCACAGAAACAACUACACCAACAUCUACCCCUACCAUAACCCCAUCAACUACCACUACAGAAACAUCUACAUCCCCAACAUCUACCCCUACCAUAACCCCAUCAACGACCACAGAAACAACUACACCCCCAACAUCUACCCCUACCAUAACCCCAUCAAUUACCACAGAAACAACUACACCAACAUCCACCCCUACCAUAACCCCAUCAACUACUACUACAGAAACAACUACAUCCCCAACAUCUACCCCUACCAUAACCCCAUCAAUUACCACAGAAACAACUACACCAACAUCUACCCCUACCAUAACCCCAUCAACUACCACAGAAACAACUACACCCCCAACAUCUACCCCUACCAUAACCCCAUCAAUUACCACAGAAACAACUACACCAACAUCUACCCCUACCAUAACCCCAUCAACUACCACUACAGAAACAUCUACAUCCCCAACAUCUACCCCUACCAUAACCCCAUCAACGACCACAGAAACAACUACACCCCCAACAUCUACCCCUACCAUAACCCCAUCAAUUACCACAGAAACAACUACACCAACAUCCACCCCUACCAUAACCCCAUCAACUACUACUACAGAAACAACUACAUCCCCAACAUCUACCCCUACCAUAACCCCAUCAACUACCACAGAAACAACUACACCCCCAACAUCUACCCCUACCAUAACCCCAUCAAUAACCACAGAAACAACUACACCAACAUCUACCCCUACCAUAACCCCAUCAACUACCACUACAGAAACAACUACAUCCCCAACAUCUACCCCUACCAUAACCCCAUCAACUACCACAGAAACAACUACACCCCCAACAUCUACCCCUACCAUAACCCCAUCAAUUACCACAGAAACAACUACACCAACAUCUACCCCUACCAUAACCCCAUCAACGACCACAGAAACAACUACACCCCCAACAUCUACCCCUACCAUAACCCCAUCAACUACCACAGAAACAACUACACCAACAUCUACCCCUACCAUAACCCCAUCAACUACCACUACAGAAACAACUACAUCCCCAACAUCUACCCCUACCAUAACCCCAUCAACGACCACAGAAACAACUACACCCCCAACAUCUACCCCUACCAUAACCCCAUCAAUUACCACAGAAACAACUACACCAACAUCUACCCCUACCAUAACCCCAUCAACGACCACAGAAACAACUACACCCCCAACAUCUACCCCUACCAUAACCCCAUCAAUUACCACAGAAACAACUACAUCCCCAACAUCUACCCCUACCAUAACCCCAUCAACUACCACAGAAACAACUACACCCCCAACAUCUACCCCUACCAUAACCCCAUCAAUUACCACAGAAACAACUACACCAACAUCUACCCCUACCAUAACCCCAUCAAUAACCACAGAAACAACUACACCAACAUCUACCCCUACCAUAACCCCAUCAACUACCACUACAGAAACAACUACAUCCCCAACAUCUACCCCUACCAUAACCCCAUCAACUACCACAGAAACAACUACACCCCCAACAUCUACCCCUACCAUAACCCCAUCAAUUACCACAGAAACAACUACACCAACAUCUACCCCUACCAUAACCCCAUCAACGACCACAGAAACAACUACACCCCCAACAUCUACCCCUACCAUAACCCCAUCAACUACCACAGAAACAACUACACCCCCAACAUCUACCCCUACCAUAACCCCAUCAAUUACCACAGAAACAACUACACCAACAUCUACCCCUACCAUAACCCCAUCAAUAACCACAGAAACAACUACACCAACAUCUACCCCUACGAUAACCCCAUCAAUAACCACAGAAACAACUACACCAACAUCUACCCCUACCAUAACCCCAUCAAUAACCACAGAAACAACUACACCAACAUCUACCCCUACCAUAACCCCAUCAACUACCACUACAGAAACAACUACACCCCCAACAUCUACCCCUACCAUAACCCCAUCCACUACCACAGAAACAACUACACCCCCAACAUCUACCCCUACCAUAACCCCAUCAAUUACCACAGAAACAACUACACCAACAUCUACCCCUACCAUAACCCCAUCAACUACCACUACAGAAACAACUACAUCCCCAACAUCUACCCCUACCAUAACCCCAUCAACUACCACAGAAACAACUACCCCUACCAUAACCCCAUCAACUACUACUACAGAAACAACUACAUCCCCAACAUCUACCCCUACCAUAACCCCAUCAACUACUUCUACAGAAACUACUACAUCUCCAACAUCUACCCCUACCAUAACCCCAUCAACUACCACAGAAACAACUACACCCCCAACAUCUACCCCCACCAUAACCCCAUCAACGACCACAGAAACAACUACACCCCCAACAUCUACCCCUACCAUAACCCCAUCAAUUACCACAGAAACAACUACACCAACAUCUACCCCUACCAUAACCCCAUCAACUACCACUACAGAAACAACUACAUCCCCAACAUCUACCCCUACCAUAACCCCAUCAACGACCACAGAAACAACUACACCCCCAACAUCUACCCCUACCAUAACCCCAUCAAUUACCACAGAAACAACUACACCAACAUCUACCCCUACCAUAACCCCAUCAACGACCACAGAAACAACUACACCCCCAACAUCUACCCCUACCAUAACCCCAUCAAUUACCACAGAAACAACUACACCAACAUCUACCCCUACCAUAACCCCAUCAACUACCACUACAGAAACAACUACAUCCCCAACAUCUACCCCUACCAUAACCCCAUCAACUACCACAGAAACAACUACACCCCCAACAUCUACCCCUACCAUAACCCCAUCAAUUACCACAGAAACAACUACACCAACAUCUACCCCUACCAUAACCCCAUCAACUACCACUACAGAAUCAACUACAUCCCCAACAUCUACCCCCACCAUAACCCCAUCAACUACCACUACAGAAACAACUACAUCCCCAACAUCUACCCCUACCAUAUCCCCAUCAACUACCACAGAAACAACUACACCCCCAACAUCUACCCCUACCAUAACCCCAUCAAUUACCACAGAAUCAACUACACCAACAUCUACCCCUACCAUAACCCCAUCAACGACCACAGAAACAACUACACCCCCAACAUCUACCCCUACCAUAACCCCAUCAACUACCACAGAAACAACUACACCCCCAACAUCUACCCCUACCAUAACCCCAUCAAUUACCACAGAAACAACUACACCAACAUCUACCCCUACCAUAACCCCAUCAACUACCACUACAGAAACAACUACACCCCCAACAUCUACCCCUACCAUAACCCCAUCAACUACCACAGAAACAACUACACCCCCAACAUCUACCCCUACCACAACUACCUCUACAGAAACAACUACAUCCCCAACAUCUACCCCUACCAUAACCCCAUCAACUACCACUACAGAAACAACUACAUCCCCAACAUCUACCCCUACCAUAACCCCAUCAACGACCACAGAAACAACUACACCCCCAACAUCUACCCCUACCAUAACCCCAUCAAUUACCACAGAAACAACUACAUCCCCAACAUCUACCCCUACCAAAACCCCAUCAACUACCACUACAGAAACAACUACAUCCCCAACAUCUACCCCUACCAUAACCCCAUCAACUUCCACAGAAACAACUACACCCCCAACAUCUACCCCUACCAUAACCCCAUCAAUUACCACAGAAACAACUACACCAACAUCUACCCCUACCAUAACCCCAUCAACUACC